AUGACUGUAGCAAUUCGAAUGCUCGCAUAUGGGGUAACAGCAGAUUUAAUGGACGAAUAUUUGAGGAUCGGAGAAACCACCGCACGAUUGAGUUUGAAAAAAUUUGUUAAGGCGAUUGUUGCGAUUUUUUCUGAUGAGUACUUGAGGUCUCCAAAUAGUAGUGACAUAGUAAGGUUACUAGAUGUUGGAGAAAAGCGUGGAUUUCCAGGAAUGUUGGAUAUCAUUGAUUGCAUGCACUGGAAAUGGAAAAAUUGUCCCAGUGCUUGGAAAGGUAUGUACUCUGGUCAUGUACAUGAACCAACAAUUAUUUUGGAAGCUGUUGCUUCUUACGAUCUUUGGAUAUGGCAUGCUUUUUUUGGUUUACCUGGGUCUCAUAAUGACAUCAGCGUACUAGGCCGAUCUUCUGUGUUUGCUCCCCUUGCCGAAGGUCGUGCUCCUCCAUGCAAUUACUCAAUCACUGGUCAUGAUUAUACAAUGAGAUAUUAUCUUGUUGAUGGUAUAUAUCCUUCAUGGACAACAUUAGUCAAAACAAUUCCAGCACCUUAA